AUGACGACCGUGGGCAACGUCAGCCUCCGGCCCCUCACCUUCCUCCUGACUGGCAUCCCUGGGCUAGAGACCUCCCAGCACUGGCUCUCCAUCCCUCUCUGCUCCAUGUAUGUGCUGGCUCUGCUGGGGAACGCCUUGCUCCUCGGGGUCAUCAAGCUGGAGCCCAGCCUCCACGAGCCCAUGUACCUCUUCCUGGCUGCCUUGGCUGUCACUGACCUGGUCCUCUCCACCACCACCCUGCCCCAGAUGCUGGCCAUCCUGUGGCUAGGGCCCUGCACAAUCAGCUUCCACGCCUGCCUGGCUCAGAUGUUCCUCAUCCAUGCCUUCUCCUCCGUGGAGUCGGGCAUCCUGGUGGCCAUGGCUCUGGACCGCUACGUGGCCAUCUGCCUUCCCCUGAGGCACUCGGCCAUCUUGCGGACGUCCACUGUGGCCAAGGCGGUGCUGCUGAUCUUCCUCCGGGGUCUGAUCCUCAUUGCCCCCUUUGGCCUGCUCCUCCAGAGGCUGCCUUUCUGCGGCCACAGGGUCGUCCUCCACGCCUACUGCGAGCACAUGGCGGUGGUUAAGCUGGUCUGCGCAGACACCACCGUGAACAGGAUGUAUGGCCUCUUUGUGGCCCUCUUUGUGGUGGGCAUGGACGUCCUCUCCAUCGCUCUCUCCUACACCCUGAUCCUGCGAGCCGUCUUCCGCCUGCCCUCCACUCAGGAGCGGCUGAAGGCCCUCAGCACCUGUGCUUCCCAUGGCUGUGUGAUCCUCAUCUUCUACAUCCCGGGGCUCUUCUCCUUCCUCACCCACCGCUUUGGCCACAGAGUCCCCCACCAGGUCCACAUCCUCCUGGCCACCCUGUACCUCUUGGUGCCACCCAUGCUCAACCCCAUCGUGUACGGGGUGAAAACGAAGCCAAUCCGAAGCAGGGUGGCCAGGGUCUUCUAUGGGAGGGUGGCUUGA